AUGGUCCAGCCCCCAGCCGCAGGGGAAACCCUGGAUUGCGCCCUUCACCUCUUCUUGCCUCGCAUCGCCUCCCCGCAGCCAAAAACCCUAGCGCAUGCACCUUGCCGGUCCGGCCCCGAGACGCAUUCCGGAAACCUCCGGAACGCCGCAAUGGUUUGGUUUCAGUGCGAAGACUGCGGCGAGAACCUCAAGAAGCCCAAGCUUGCCGGCCACUUCCGCUCAUGCUCCGCCUACAAGCUUUCCUGCAUCGACUGCGGCGCAGUCUUCGGCCAGGACACCGUCCAGACGCACACCCAGUGCAUCUCCGAGGCCGAGAAGUAUGGUCCCAAGGAACUGAACAAGCCGUCCAGCAAUGCACAGGGUAAGCCAGACAAGCCAAAGCCAAAUGCCGAUGUUGAUAUCAAUGUUGGGUUGUCGACACGCCCUCCUUGGUUCUGCAGCCUAUGCAAUACAACUACCACCAGCAAGCAAACUCUCUUGGGGCAUGCUGAUGGCAGGAAACAUAGGGCAAAAGCAAAAGCCUUUCAUGCUUCUCAGAAGCAAGAAAAUGGAGCUGAACAAACUCCAAGCGACAAGGAAACUGGUGGAGCACCAACAACAGCAUCUACAGAACUAAAUGACGGGAAGGGUGCUGACAGUGAAAGAGAUGCUGACGAGGAUGUUGUGAAGAGAAAGAGAACAGAUAGCACAACCUCGGAGGAGCCAGAUAAUGCAAAAAGACAAAAUUUAUCGAACUUGAAGACUGGAGAGGCGACACAAUCUGAAAAUGGAGAAGCGGAACUCAAAACAAAGAGCAAAAGUGCUGCAGAAGAACUGGUCAAUGAUGCCAAUCAUCAAGAUAUUAAGAAGCAGAAAAUCAAGUGGAAGAAAAUUAUUACGAAGAUACUAGAGAUGAAUUCGGAUGGAGCUAUGAAGUUAAAGAAGCUACAAAAGCUAGUUAUCAGGGAAGUUUUAGAAUGUGGUCUGUUGAAAGAUAAGGAACAGCUGCAUGCUCUGUUGAUGGACAAGAUAGCUUCGAGCUCCAGGUUUUCUGUGGACGGGAAGAACAUUAGAUUGGUGGCCAAGAAUGAAGAAUCAUAG